AUGGCUGGAGUCGUGCGCCAGCCUAUAGAUAUCCCUUCAUUGGAACGAUAUGUUGACCUGAAUGUACCCGCCCUGAAAACGCCACUCGAUGUGAAACAGUUUGGUUUCGGCCAAUCGAAUCCCACCUACCAACUCACUACUGCAGAUAGUAGUAAGGUCGUGCUGCGGAAAAAGCCUCCGGGAAAACUACUCUCAAAGACAGCGCAUCGAGUGGAACGAGAAUAUCAAAUUAUCAAGGCAUUGGGAAAUACCGAUGUUCCAGUUCCCAAGGUUCUUUGUCUGUGUGAGGACAACGAUGUGAUCGGGACCCCAUUCUAUAUCAUGGAAUUUCUAGAUGGUCGCCAUUUUACAGACCCAUCAAUGCCAGGUGUGAGCGCCGAGGAAAGAAAUGCCCUGUGGAAAGAUGCGGUGCAAACACUGGCCAAAUUUCACUCAGUAGUACCCCAAUCAGUAGGCCUAGAGAAAUUUGGCAAGCCAACCAAUUUCUUCGAUCGCCAAAUUGAAACCUUCAAUACCAUUUCCAAGGCCCAGGCCGCCGUCGUUGAUGCCGAUACAAAGGAACCUGUCGGUGAUCUCCCUUACUUCGACAAUAUGGUUCGCUUCUUUGCUCAGAAGACAACACAGCCCUAUGACCGCAGUACCCUCGUCCAUGGUGACUACAAGAUCGACAAUCUGAUCUUCCACAAGACAGAACCCCGUGUGAUAGGAAUUUUGGACUGGGAAAUGGCAACAAUUGGGCAUCCGCUCUCGGAUUUUUGUAAUCUGAGUAGUCCAUGGAUUCUCGAAGGAGCGGAUUCUCCACUGGAACGAUUCCAGAGCGGUCAGGUUCCCGGGUUACCCACGCGUGAGGAUUGCGUCCGUUGGUAUAGUGAGGUUUCUGGGUAUGACCCGACGGGGGAUAUUCCCUGGGGAGACGCUUUUUUUGCGUUUCGAGGGUCCGUCAUCAUGCAGGGUAUCGCGGCUCGGUUCGCAGGGCGUCAGGCUAGUAGUGCACGAGCGGGAGAGUAUGCGAAACGGGCUAAACCCUUUGCUCUAGGCGCCUGGGAACGCGUACAGCAAGUGCAGCGUGCAACGCAGCAGAAGGGCAAGUUGUAG